AAUCUAAUAACAUCUUCGAUCUACGCAUUAGACUUCAUACAAUUAUCCACUAUUCAAUGUUCAUGCGCAUAAAUGAUAACAAAAGAUGAUUGCUUAAGAUUCAAUUGCAAAAUAGCACCAUACAUAUUAUCACAACAAAAAAUCAAUCUUGAUAAAGCUUCCUUAAAAAAUAAGACUGCCUUGUCCUUGGCAGUCCCAAAUUUUAAGUGUUCAGCAUUAUUUUGUACAGAUAUUAAGACUUAAGAACUUUGUGACAACACAGGUGAAUGCGCCUGGAAUAAUAAUGGCGCAUGUGAAUUAUUUUCUGGAUGUGGAUCCUAUUAAGUUGAUAAAAAAGAAGAUUGCGUGUUAAAGAGCACAUAAACUAAGUUUUGUACAUAUGAUGAGGAAUAAUAGAGUAAUGGGAAAUACAAUUGUCUCAAUGAUCUAUCAAAAUCAGGUGGAAGCUUCAUGACUUGCUUCACAUUAAAUAAUGAGAAUAUGUGCAAUCAAUAUGAAUAUGCUGUAUGCACUUGGAGAACCUUUUAGUAAUGCUAAGAGGAAUCGGAUGAAGUUAAUUCGUGUUAGCAAUAUCAAUAUUGUAUUGGUGAGGAGAGUAAAGAUUGUGCAGAUCUAUCCGGAUUUUAAGAUAAGUGUGAUAAGAGAGAAAAUUAUUGCAAAUGGAUUAAGGAUAAUAGCACAUGCAUGGAAAAAGAAUGUUCUGAUUAUACAUCAGAAACUGAUUGCAAAAGUAUUUUAACAGAUGAUUUAAAACGAGCUAAGCCUUGUACAUGGGAAGAAGGAUCAUGUAUUUAAGGGUUUAAUUUGACUAAAUUAAAUAAGUACAAUUGUUUGAUUGAUUCAUUGAAUACUUCUAUGUGGAAUGAAGUUGAAUAGAGAUGUCAAAGUUGUAAAUUUGAAAACAUAUUGAAUUUUAUUAUUAUUGUAUUGUUAUUAUUAUAAUGAAUUAAUCAUCUGAUUUAUUAUAAUUAGCAAAAUAAAGAGUCAACUAAAAUAAAUCCCAGAAAUCUCAGGACAUAUUUUGCACCUAAAUUAAGUAGAAAAAGCAAAUCAUAACAGAUGAGGAAGUUGAGAUUGAUCCUAUUUCAUAUGAAGAAUUUGAUGAUCUCAAAUAAUUGCGCAGAAUGAUUAGAUAAACUGAUUACUCAAUUAAUUAAUAUGGAAAGGAAGUCAAAUAGCUCUAAAAUGACAUCAAAAGAUUAACUAAAUGA